AUGGUGGAGUUUUACGCGCCGUGGUGCGGCCACUGCAGGGCGCUCGCGCCCGAGUAUCGCGAAGCAGCGGCGACGCUCAAGGAGCUCGGCGUUCUCUUCGCCAAGGUGGACGCGACGAAAGAAACGGAGCUCGCCGACAAGCACAACGUGGAUGGUUACCCCACCAUCCUUUUCGCCACGGAUGGCGAAUUCCAGCCGUUCGGCGCCGGGCGAACCAGCGCGGAGAUGGUGCGGUGGGUGAAGCGCAAGCUGGGCAUGGGCGUGACAUCGCUGGCGCCAGCCGACAUUCCCAACGCGCCCGCGCUGCUCGAGAGCGCCGCCGCCGCUGCCUUCGCCUUCGUGUCCUCCCUUGACGCCCCGGAGGCAGCAGCGUUCGGAGAGGCAGCGAGGGACACGGACGGGGUCGACUUUUUCGUCACCACGCAUGCUGACGUGGCGGCGGCGUUCGGCCUGCCAGCUGGCGAGCCGCCCGCCCUGGCUGUGGUGAAGAAGGAGGAGGAGCGGCUGGUGGUGUUCGGCGGCGAGUACAGCAAGGACGCCAUCAGCGCGUUCCUGGCAGCAAACCGGCUGCCGCUGCUGCUGACAUACACAGAGGAGACCUCCGCUGCCAUCUUCUCCUCCCCCAUCGGCAAGCAGGUGCUGCUGUUUGCAUCAGACAGUGCAUUCAAGGUGCUCUCGCCCGCACUUUUUGCAGCAGCCAAGCAGUUCAAAGGCCAGGCCAUGUUUGUGUUUGUGAACGGCUCUGACCCCGAGUCACAACCCGUGCAAGAGUACUUUGGAGCAGACGCCUCCACCACUGCCUUUAUGGGGUUCACCAUGGGAGGAGGUGAGGACCCCUCAGUGCCAGCAGCAGGGCUCAAAUACCGCAUGACUGACCACCCCACAGCAGAUAACAUCAAGUCUUUCACGCAAAGCUUCAUUGACGGCCGUCUCAAGCCCUUCUUCAAGUCACAGCCCAUCCCAGAGGAGAACGAGGGACCGGUGGCGGUAGUGGUGGGGGAUUCAUUCGAGAGCAUUGUGUUGGAUAACAGGAAAGAUGUGCUGCUGGAGGUGUAUGCUCCCUGGUGCGGCCACUGCCAGCAGCUCGAGCCCACGUACAAGAGGCUGGCAGAGCGGUUCAGUGCGGUGCAACCAGUGGUGAUUGCCAAGAUGGAUGGCACGGCUAAUGAGUACCCCGGCCUAGAGGUGGAGGGCUUCCCCACCAUAGUCUUCUACCCCGCGGGGAAAAAGACAGACCCAGUGAAGGUGGCGGCAAGAACACUCAAGGAGUUCGUGCAAGCCAUCAAGGACCACGCCUCCACAUGGGAGGCAGUCACCUCCCAACAUGUCUCACACUUGCACCGUGUGCCUGUCUCCCAUGACCAUGACCAACAGGUGAAGGUGGCUGCGCGCACCCUCAAGGAGUUCGUGCAAGCCAUCAAGGACCACGCCUCCACCGAGUUCCACUGUGUGCCCGUCUCCCAUGUUGUGAUGUAUGUUUGGCGCAUGCUGUGUGCACCUGCUGUCUCUCAUGACCGACAGGUGAAGGUGGCGGCAAGAACACUCAAGGAGUUUAUCCAAGCCAUCAAGGACCACGCCUCCACUGAGUUCCACCUUGAGCCCUCGCCUCUGGACGAGCAGGAGGAGGAAGUGAGUGAGGAGGAAGAGAUGGAGGAGGGGGAGAUUGGGGAGGGGGGGAUGGAGGGGGAAAUGGGGGAGGAUGGGAUGGAGGCGGCAGAGGAGGAGGAUAUGGCGUAUGAUGGGAUGGAAGGGGAUGGGGAGGAGGAGGACGAUGCGUUUGACAGGUUGUUUCACCACGACGAGUUGUAG